AUGGGCAUAGAAAGCUACUUCCUAAAGUACGUUAAGGCAACGUACAUAACGAGGAGGAGAAGCGAAAUGAGGAAAACCAUAGAGAAUUUGAAAAAUAAUAUUUACACAUACAACAAUUACAGCUGUAAAAAUAUAAAGUAUCACAUGGGGGAAGAAGAUACAUCCGAUAGGAGUAGCCACUACAGCGUUCAAAUUGAUGAAGAGGUACAGAAGGUGAUGCGCUUUGUGAAUCCUCUCCCAUUUGGUGAAGACAAUAUCACGUCAAGCAUCCCUCCACACGGAAGUAACAAUCAGACGGAAUGUCCAAAUGAAGAAGAGCAUGGGAGUUUGAACGCAGGUGAUCCGUAUCGUGACAUGACAUACACUCACACGGAAGGUAGUCCCAAUACACAGAGUGCAGGAGACCCCAGAAAAGAAAAAAAAAACACAGCAAAAAAAAACAAGGCAUACAUUUUAAAUUACCGAAUUAAUCAUAUCGUAGGAAAAAGAGGAAAAAGGGAACAGUACAGAUACACCUACUUGAAAUCCCCAUUCAAAUACAAAUAUGCAUUAAGACAUUACGUUUUUGAAAAAUAUAAAUACCAUUUCUAUUUUUACAAUAUAACUCACUUUAACAUUCAUAUAAUUUUUAACAUCAUUUUAUCUUCCAUGACAAGCCAGACUUCUGUCAAGUGCAAUAUCCACUGGUUCUACCCUGGAAGGAAUUUAUUCGAUUCUGAAUUUUUGAGGAAGUGUUUUCUUCCCUUGAUUGAGAGGAGAGACGAUAGGCAUGAGGGUCAGUCAGUAAUCAAUUCGUAUGUGCGGAAACACAUCGAAGAAGCAUACAAUAAUGCCGUCCAUAAUGAAGAGGAGAACAAAUUACUUCCUCCACGUAAUUUCGACAUCAACUUAGACUUGACAAAAUAUAAUAUACAAAAUUUGUUGCCUCUAUUUUUUGAAAAUAAAUCAUUCAGUCAGAAUUAUAAAAAUUUGUUUCUACUGGAAGAGAAAUGUUUCAAACAAGUGAAGAGCAAAAUAAGGAAGAAAAAUUUCCACUGGUUUUUAAACAAAAAUCCGAAUGGAUAG